AUGCUCUCGACUUCGAACUAUAUCUUCAAUAAUCUCUUUGAAAACGGAGAGGAUUCGGACAUUGUUGUUCAUUUCAUGAACAAGUCUUGGAAGUUGCACAAGUUUUAUUUAAAACAAUCGCAAUACUUCGAUGCCUUGCUCUCACGUUGGACCCGAAACGGCAAAGAAUUGACCGAGCUUGACCUAGAGAUCCCCGACGAAAACGUCGACCCAGAUGCGUUGCAUCAAGCCCUCGGAUCUCUUUACUGUGACGAGAUCGACAUUGACGCGUCGCGAGCAGUGAAUGUUUUAGCUGCUGCGACUUUCUUGCAGCAUCAAGGGCUCUGCGAUUUAUUGAAUACUGAGAUGAAAGCAAAUCUCGGGUCUUCUACUGUAAUUUCUUAUCACAACGCUGCCCAGAUGUACGGACUCCCAGAGCUCGAAACCGCGUGUAUAAAAUGGCUUGAAUACAACCUCAUGCUCGAGAACAGUCCAGACCCUAAUAUAGAAAUGCUCCGAGGAAUCGAGCCUGCUCUCAUGUCAAGAAUCAUCGGGUCUCCAAACUUAAUCGUCAUCCAAGUCGAAACUGACCUCUACCAGCUUCUGAAAAAGUGGCUCAUUCUCCAACUCGACCCAGAAACAACCUCAGUAAAAGACACCAAUGAACGACUCAAGCGUUUGCGUAAAGAGCUCGGGAAAAACGAUGGAAGUCUCCUUUCGCAGCUUUCGUCCGAUUACCAAGCGCCGUUCAAAAAGCUUCGUUUUUCGUAUAUCCUGACCGAUUUCAAAGGCGCCACGAAUCUUGAGAACGAUAACGUCAUUCCGAAGUCUUGGAUCUCUAACGAGUACAGAAACCAAUACCUGAGAAUGCUCAGAGUUGAAAGUGCGAGCGACGAAGGCCCUUCAUCUCUUGUUUGUGACCGUCUCCAAGAAUAUGACAAGAUCGCGUCUUCUUGUAGCAGUUCUCCGCCAGAUAGUACUCUUACUUCGCUUAUACAAGGUUCGAUGCGCUGUGGAAGGAUCUUAGACCGCUCUAAAGACUUUUGCUGGCGAUGGACCGGCUACAACUUCGGAUUUGAUCUUGUUAUGCAGUACAAUCACAAACGCAGAUCCCUUCACAUCAAUAGAAACUGUAGCAAACAAGAAGUUAGCACUUCAGUUUCCAUGAAAAGACUUCGCUCUCUUAUUUGCAAAAUUCGCGUUUUCGCCGAGAAAGACGACGAAAGCAUGGAACUCGCCUACAACUCGGGUUGGAAAUACUAUCAACUCGAAACCGACCAAGAACAAAUGGUCUACUACGACUGGUACAAAGGCUCGCUAAACAAAUCGCCGCCCAGACUCUUCCUGACUGUAAAUUUCAUCCUGGCCGAUUCGGCCGACGCCAUCAACUAUUUACCACGCAGCCUGCAAAUCAGCAAAUUUAAAUCAGACCCAGAACAGUCAGACAAAGCCGAGAAGCCAUCUAUAACUGCGCAUUUGCACGGGAAUUCAAGCUAA